AACUACAUUUUGUGUAUACUUUAUGACAGAAAAUAUCAGUAAAAUAGAACAGGUAUUAGAGUGUACACUGUCAGCUAAUAUUUGAGGAAAAUAAACUUGGAAAGGAAAGAUAGAGCUACAAACACAACUUUUAUUCAAUGCCAGUUUAUUUCACACUGAAAAUGAUUUAUCACAUGCGGGCUGAAUUUAUUGGAUGUAUGCUUCUAGUGGCUUCACAAAUUACGGUGUCGCAUUCAAAUUGUUCUUCUUCACAAGAUUCUAACCUUGAGAGUAGUCCCACAAAAAAUGUUGGGUUAUCGAUCUCUCUUGUAAUGGGAAUAGUAUUUGCAGCAGAGAUGAUAUACUUUGUUAUUCGCAGGUUUUGUAGAUUGAGAAAAGCGGAAGAGAUGAAAUUGCAAGAUGUUGAGAUGGUUAUGAUAGAUAUGCCUGAAUCUAUUAACAUGGUUAUAGUGGAUAUGGCGGUAACCCCGCAAAAUAAUACAUUCUGCGGAGGUAUACCACCGGAAAGAAAAGAGGGAAAUGGUCAUGGAUAACUCGUGGAUAUGAAUAACGCAAACAAAAAAGUGGCAGAACGUGUCAAAGACGACAAAAUGUUAUGGUCUGAACAUUGGGAUCAUUUUAAUAUAAUUACAAUUUUUGCGUUUCACUUAUGUAAUGUUUUUGUCACUAAUAAUUUCGUUUAUGCUGUAUAGGAAAUAUAAAUAAUCUGAAUAAAUACUGAAUUCAUAAUUUGAGUCUAUGCUAUUCAAUAUUUAUUAGAAUUUUUUUAACUGUAUUUUACAAAGCUUAAAACAGUC